CAGUUUGAAACCUAUAACGUACAAAUUUUAUCGGCAAAGAGUUUGCAUUUGUCACUUUUUUAUGAAAGUGGCUAGGUCCAGCAGGCGUCCUUCAUGUGUAUUCCCUCUCAAGGUUGAUUGUUCGGCGAUUCCGUUCCCGCGCACAGCGGCGGCGCAUUCUCUCUAUCGCUGCCUAGCCCUGCGAAAUAUUCUGCUCUACAAUGAAGCACAUAUGGGUUCACUUCAGCCUGACAUGAAAGAUCCUCCAGGAAGACCACCCUUUGCAGCCGCCAAGCUUUUAUGGGAUCCAGAAAUCAACCCGGCAUAUCGCGUUCCGCUGUACCGUAUUGAUGGUAUCGUAGAAGGGCAUGACGCUCCUGACAGUGAACCUGUAGUUGAUCCAAGGCCAUCGCUACAUUUCCGAAGUCUAUACCGGAAACAAAUAGCUGAUUUGCCGUUGCCAUCUUUUAGGAUCGACGAACAUUAUGUUGGCGAGAAGCCAGAAAAGGAAAUUACUUUCUCCAAUCUCAAUGACAAUAUCAGUUAUAAAAACCUAGAAGACAUGUGCAAGAAAUUUGGUACAAUAGAAGAGGCCAAAGUCUACUAUCAUCCGCAAACACAGCGGCAUUUGGGAGUUGGAACAGUUGUUUUUCGAAGCUCUAGAAGUGCGAAGACAUGCGCCGAUGCACUGCACAAGACCUCUAAGAUGGGAAACAUUAUGAACGUGCAAGUCGAUUUCUUGGGUAAAUUCCGAACUCAGCUUUUGAAUGAGCUGAUGGCUGAUCUUCUGCCCCGUCAUGGAAAUGAAAUCCAACAUGUCCCCACUUCCCAAAGCGUUUCAAUUAAGAACAAAUCCUUCCCAUAUGACGCUCAUCUGUUCUUCCCUCCGGACAAUCGCGGAACAGCACAUGGAUACGAUCCCUCAGUUAAACCUGGUGAAUUUUUCCCUUCUGGGUGCAGCACUGUAGAUCUGAAAGGGCGCUUCACAGCUUCAGACCAAAUUCCUGUAGUGCCUCCCAGCUGUGCAACAUCGUUCGUUUCUCGUUCCCUUCAUUGUAUGGGAGACAAAUGCAACUUGCACAACAACGUUGGCUCCUCCAACGAUCAACUUUUGCCUGGAUGCCACAUUUCGGUCGAGGAUAAGCACUCCUCACCGUCGCGGCAACAACCGCUUCCAAAAAGGGCCGGUUUAAAUCCAACAGUGGAGCACACGGGCGUAACACAAGAGAGAGUUCCAAGGGAUCUGCCUCAGGGAAAAUGCCUUUCUGAAAGAAUGGGUUCCGUGGACUCCACCAGUAAAGCACUGCCUCAUCCCGAAGAAUCAUUGGAAUCAAGGAUACAAAGACUUCUUCGUCUUAACAGUCUCUCUUCAACUGGUACAGGUGUAUGCGGCUCCUCGGGUUUACCUAAGACACAGUCUAGUGUAACCGCAGACUUGCACCCUACCCGUUUUGAUGGAUCAAUUCAAUUUGUGAAUCCAGUUACUCAGCGUGCAAUCUCUGUUCCCGUAUCACAGCCUGAGGCAGCACCUUGCUCCUCAUCUAUUUUACCUGAAUCAUUGAGGCAAACUGGCGAAGAGUCACACAACCCUCAGCUGUCCGCGGCAAAUCGUCGUACUCUCCUACCAACUCCUGAAUCAGUCAACUCGAUGAAGGCUGCCGCUGGUGCUGCGAACCUCCAAAACUCACCUGAUGCAUCAUUAGCUGAUCGAUCUUCGCUAUUAAGAUCCCAUGCUAAGCCAGUGGAUUUGGCUUCCGUCUCUUUCAUUAUUGAAGAAGUGAAGGCUAUGUUUCUUGAUGAACUAAAGAAUAUCAUGCACCGGGAUGUGACUCGACGCAUCGUUGAAGGAAACGCCUUCAAAAUCUUUUCCACAUGGUGGGAUUCUUAUGAUAGUCAGCAUGGAUCUCGGAGCGCUGGAACAUCACACUCUGCUGCUACCGCAAACACGUCGGCAAUGCGGAACUCCACUUUUAGGCCCCAAGUGUCUAUAGCCGUGAGCGGAACGUCUGCCGAGAACACCACUUCCUUCACGGCUGAUCUCUCGAUGGACGUCUCUCGAUCCUCCGUGUCUUCUGCAUGCACCCACACCACGAUUCCCGGUCAAAGUAUGCCGAGUAUGGGCUCUUCCACCCUCUCUCAAUCUUCGCAGUCCGGUUUAAAUGCAUUUGGCUUUGGCUUAUUCACUGGCUUACGCACACCGUUGCCGAAAAUUCGAAGGAAACCGCGCCCUCCAACUCCAUCACCUUCACCUCCUCCCUGCCCAAAAGCGCCUUUAAACAUGCCCCUGACACGCCCAAAGGCACAUCAGUCAGACCCACGACAUUCCGCUGUCCACCACCGGACACCUCGGCGUAGCCUUUCUUCUACUGACGGUACAUCAUCAGGUGGCGCAAGCGCUCCUGCAUCUGAUGGAGAGUAUAAGUGGAAUAACGAGGAUCGUGCUGAUGCAAGAACCUCGGCCUCUGAAACUCUUCGAAAAUCGGACGCGGAUGACCGAUCACAACUUGUUUCCGGUAGAUCUCACCGCCGAUUUGCCGGUCAUGAUUGGCCAAGAAGUGAUGUCUCCAGUACAUCCAGUUCUGUUUCAAGGCGACUCUCCCUCACAUCACCGAAACAUAGCCCGUCCGGUUCAUUGUCUGGAUCUCCAAACCGCUAUUCUUCUCCAACUAGUAUUUCGGAAGGGGACAAGCUUCCUUCUGACCAUCUCAAUGGGAAACCGAAAAGCCGCUCCAAAGGGACUGUUCGCGUAUCAGACGUUUUCGCCCCAAGUUCGGAUGGUGAAUCUUUCGCUCAGUCUCCACGUCCUUCUGUCGGGGGUACUACCUCUCAGGUCGACGGAGGCAGUUCAGAGGAGUCCACCGAACCAUUAGCCAAUGAAUCUGAGGCUGAACGCCUAGUUAAAUCUGCGUCCGAUCCUUUUCCGGAGACUUCACCCCGACUAUCUGAUGUACAGUCAUCAUUGGCGAAUGUCUGUGAUAUGCAAUCCGCUAGUGGUCCUCGGUCUCCUCUCUCCGGCGAACCUGAUCGAAGCCCGGAAAAGCCUUCCUCAAAGUCGUUGAGCUCAGAUAACUCCUUGUCCUCUUUGGAUGAUGAGACUGACACCGCAGUGCUUUCACCAAGGGGUUCUCCACAACCUCAACAAACCUCUUCCAACCGUAAAGGAUACAGCGUCUCCACACUUGAACUAGAACGGAGUAAGCGUGUAGCUAAACGCAAAGUCCGCCCUCGUCGAAGGUCUCAUAACGCCUCCGGCACCCAACGUGGACGUGGAAAGUCCCGCAAACCGUUGCUGUCAAAUGCUCCCCGUGCCCCUUCGUCACAGGAACGUCGGUCCUACAGGCGCUAUAAUCGCACUCGGCACUCGGCCAGCUGUACCUCAAUGGAUUCGCAGUCAUCUUUGAAUGAUUCUCCUGUCGAAGACAGUUACAUUUCCAACCGCGUUCACAAUAAUGACUUGACAAGUGUUCCUCCCGAGCAUCAGUGGCCUGCGCUAAGAUCUUCUUUAACUGCAUCUGAUGGCGAUCCGCAAACAACUCAUGUACAAACGUCUCGAAUGACCCAUUCACAGCCUAUCCAGACUGUUCCUGGUUAUGUCUGCGCUUCGCCCGAUGGCUGUCAACCUGUGGCUCAAAACAAAACGAAAACCUCGCAGCCAUCAAGGGGACCAUCUUUGCUAACGGAGCCAACCAUGGACAGGAGUGCGUAUGAUGCACACAUGGAAACUAGGCGAAUACCCUAUAAACCUGGCAAAGAGAAUGCGCGGAAAUCAACCAGCGUGCUAAGACAUCUGGAGGAAUCUUUGCUCUCACCACCCACUGAGCAAUGGAAGGGUCACGAGGACGAUACGGAGAGCGCAUCGGACGAAUCGACAGAAAUCAUUGAUACGGUGCACAGACCUUACUGCUGGCCUGAACAACUGAUGCAAGAACACAACUAUUUCCAUCUUCCAACGAUUGGGACAACUAUCAAAUAUCGUUCACGUAGAUCCAGGCGAGGGUACAAAGAUCACGCCUCCGACCUGCUGCGCAACGGUAUGAAACCAGAAUUGCAGCCGUCUGAUUUCGGCCACCGCAGUCGUAAGCGGCCGUGGCCACUAACGGCUUUGGAUGAUAGCCUGGCCUCUACAGUCGAGGCGGAGUUUCGGUUGCAUUCGCAAAGAUUUAAGGAUAAACGUGUGGCAACCUCCUUAUCAAACGAGUUAACAGACCGAGAUGAUCCCUCUCUCUUGUCUUCGUCUAACUAUGUGCCAACAUCCAGACUUGUUACUGAGAAUCGCUCUAAAGCUCGAAUACGUGGCAACCGCGAGUUGGCCAGCCUAUUCACCCCUGUUGUGAGGGCGGACCUUGAGCGUGAUGUGGUGGUCGAAUCGUGCAAAAAACAUGUUUCCAGUCCACCUUCUCACGUGAAAGUUCCUCCCCCAAUUUUCAAACCCAGGACGGCAGAAGAAGAGAAUUACGUGUUGCGCUUGAUAACACUCCAUGGGUUGGAUGCUGAGGAUAUCGGAUUCCUCCAAGCAGCACAUACACACCUGUCCAACUGCAGCUCUACCUCUGUUUGCCAAUGGUGCGAACGGAACCCCGAACACGCCGCUCUCUUUGCCUUUCCUGACCUCAUCUCUCCCAAACUGGUGUCUGCUGUUCGAUCCCUUCCUUGGGUCGAUCAUCCGCCCACACUGAUCCCUGACCCAACUGAUGCUCCAUGCUACCUCAGCCCAGAUGGUCGUCUGCUGAAAUAUUCGGAUCUAGAUUCACGUAUUCAUUUCUCCCGAGCCACCCAUGAACAAAAAUGGCCGUUGCGCGCAUGCCAGUCACGAUUCUAUAAACGUGCUCGAACAGCUCGGUUGGCCCCGGCCCAAUCGGUUGUCGGCGCACUGAGUCGUGACCGCAAAGUCUCUCGUGCCCUAUUCGGCUCCGACAGUUCGAUGUCUCCCGAUUCCGGUAAUCAGCACUCUUCAGGCUCGGAUUCUGAGACACAGAAGACUGCGGAGCCGGACCAGUCACCAUUAGCCGCGCGGCCAAAAUGGUCAGAUGUCGAUAAGCAGCUCUACGUGGUAUCUGCAUUUGCUUCUUAUCAGCAAUUGGACAGCACACGUGACCCGCUAGCGGAUAACGUGGAUUUCCACCUUGGGCCAGCCGCAUCCCUGCCACCUGUACAUUCUUCAGGCUGUGCGCGAGCUCAAGGAUUUUAUCCAAUACCUGCUGAGGAGCGGUUCCGUCGUCCUUGGUCUGUCGGUCGCAGUCUUAUCGGUGACGAUGGCCAGCGACGCCCGAUCCCUCUGAUGCCUGCCACCGUUGAAGCCCAGCUUGGCGUCAGUGCUAUUCUUCAAGUGUUCGGAGGUAACCUAGAGGACCGUCUGACAGAACAGGCGUCCGAAGCGAAGAAGAAACAGCUCACCCAGUUUCGAGAGGCACGUUCUGUACAACGACGAUUGCUUGCCGAAUUCCAGGAUAUCGAGACGGGUGAUUUGCUGAAAUUUAACCAACUUAAAUUCCGCAAGAAACAACUUAUUUUUGCCAAAUCCCCCAUCCAUGCGUGGGGUCUGAUCGCGUUGGAACCGAUCGCGGCCGAGGAAAUGGUGAUCGAAUAUGUUGGGCAGGUGGUGCGCAAAUCAGUGGCUGAGCUGCGUGAACAACAAUACGAAGCUAAGGGAAUUGGAGGCUCUUAUCUGUUCCGAAUCGACGAUGACUUCGUCAUCGACGCUACCAUGUGCGGGAACAAUGCUCGGUUCAUCAACCACAGCUGCCAGCCCAAUUGCUACGCAAAGAUUAUCACUGUUGAAGGCAAGAAGAAAAUAGUUAUCUACUCAAAACGCGACAUCAACGUGAUGGAGGAGAUCACCUACGACUACAAAUUCCCGUACGAAGAAGAAAAAAUACCUUGUCUUUGUGGCGCCUCCGGUUGUCGAGGCACUCUGAACUGAAGCUCCUCAGAAACGCACUCGGAGAUGCCAAACAACUUGAUUCGCCUUGUACGCCUUUGAACCACUGGCGCUUCUCUGUACAUCCUUUCACUACCCCACUCUUUUGUUGUCUUUACAACGAAGUUUCUUACCGCCCGACUGUACCAUCAUCGAACCGGGCUAUUCGAAUGCACCAGUGCUUACGAUUUUUAUCACUACUCUCAGAUUUCUGUAGGUCCAUUUGAGGAUGUCUGCCAACCACGUCUUGUAAAGAUUUGCUAUCAUAUUCAGCCCAUAUUUCUUCAAUUUCUCGAACGAGUUAUUGUGCCUUUUGUUCAGCAAUCCUUGUUGUGAAAUGGCUGUGUUUCUCCAUCCUCCAUCCGCACCAACCACUGAUCUCGCUCACUUCCAUGUAGAGAGAAAGGUGUUACAUGCUCGCUCUUGCCCUCUUCCACCAGAUAGUAUAGUGUUUGCCUCAUCGCGAUCGCACUACACCCCCAUCCUUGUUUUGUCUUUUUUAAAUCGCAUCACGGAGUAGAAUCUGAGUUAGACAGCCGUUAUGAUUAUCUCAACGCUGAUCAACUAUACAUGCAUAUAUGUACUAUUUGUCUGUUUCUGGGGCAGAAUGCAUCGUUUAGGUUAUCACUGUGAUGA